GGGAAGUUCAUAGAAUCUGCAAGCUGAGUUCGUUGUACUGUGAAGGUACGAAUCUUGGAAACUUUUUAUCUUUUUUCAGGUCUGAUUUUUCCCUAGAGUUCUCAGUGCCUAUGGCAGGAAUGAUGAAUUUUGAUUAGGGCUGCUUUUGGGGUUGAGAAUCUAGUCCACCAUGUUACUUCGUAGUUCAUCUUCUUCUGUAUUGGAUUCCCUUUUUGGAGGUCACGUGGAAUCAGAAGCGAAGAAUUCUUCCAUUAGGAGAUGCAGAACUGUGCAGGUGUCUCCAGGGAGGCACCAGAUGCAUGUUACAGAUGAUGGGAAUGUAGGGCAGGGUAUAAGGGUAGAGUCUAAGUUUAAGAGGGUGGUUUCUGAGACUGAUUUGAGUCAAUCCAAAUCGGUAUCCCCCACGCCAAGUAGACGAUGGUCAAUGAGGACUAGGUCUGGGAGUUUUGGGUCCUCGGUUGCGGAGGGAGAAGCAAGCCUUGAUGAUGUUCUCUGGUAUACCAGAUUAGAUGAGUCUCCUGAAGAGGAAGAGUUUGAGGAUUCUGAGACUCAAUUUUCAAUUGGGUACCGGAGUUCUGAGCACCCAUUUGAGUAUUCUGCCCCUGGAGCAAAAUCCAUGGCUGCUCACAUUGAUGGGGUCUCUGGAAAGACUGAGAGCUUGCUUGGUUUGGAUGGAUUGGAUUCUGGAGCCACUGCUGGAGUGGCUUCUUUGGUCCGCAAUAGGCCAGUUGAAAGUGAGGUGAAUUCAGGAUAUUAUAAUGGGGGAUUUGGGAGUGGAGAUGGAAGUGGACUUUCUGGUAGGGGUGGUAAUGGAGGAAGGAGAGGGGGCUCUGGACCUGAUUCCAAUAGUACUGAUGAUUACUAUCAGAAGAUGCUCCAGGCCAAUCCUGGCAAUCCACUCCUUUUGAGUAAUUAUGCCAAGUACCUGCAUGAGGUCCAACAUGAUCUCAAAAAAGCAGAGGAGUAUUAUGGAAGAGCCAUACUAGCAAGUCCUGCUGAUGGAGAUGCACUCUCUCUGUAUGCCAAGUUGAUAUGGGAUGUUCACAAAGAUGCUCCUCGUGCUGAAUCUUACUAUGAUCGAGCUGUGGAGGCUGCUCCAGAUGACUGUUAUGUUCUUGGAUCAUAUGCUCAUUUCCUAUGGAAUGCAGAAGAGGAAGAAGAGGAUGAAGAUGUUACUUUGCAGACAGACAGAGUACCAAUAACAACUUAUGGAGCUGCUGCUCCAGCUUCCUGAGUGCAUGAACAAUUUACUUUCAAUAAUCAAAGAACUCUGUCAAAAUUGCAAGCCACUCUGGUUUUGCUAAUAGCGGUGCUGCAGAUCGGAACUUGAUGCUUAAAAGAACACUCCUCUGUACAUAAAUUUCAUGCAUAGACGAUCUUAAUAUGCAGCAUCUACUAGUAAAUGCAGUUAAUAGGAUCAUUAGUUCUAUGUUCUGAUAUGGGUCUGGCUUCUCUUAAAGAACGACUCUUUUUGUGAUGAUUAUUCUGUAGUAGCAAUGAUAAUUUUGCUGAAGUUUUGACCUGUCCUUGAGGAAUCCAAAAUGGGUUGGGGAGUUCAACUUACUAGAAGCAAGUUGAUGGGUAAUAAAUAAAAUCAUCAAAAUGAAUCAACAGAUGAAGUACACAUUCA